AUGUACUCUAGUAUAGUCCCAUCUAGUUCACAUGGCUACUAUCAUAAUCAACAUCAUCAGCAUCAUCAGUAUCAGAACUACCAGCAGAGCUUUCAUCAACAGAACCACUUUGGAAAUGGGUCGCCUGGAGGUUCGUCACAGGGUUAUGCGAAUCCUGGAGCACCGGUGAUCAAUGUGCAUAAUUAUCAUUUUCAUACUGGACCGGUGAAUAAUCAGGUUAUUGAACAACACUACAACCAUCACAAUCAUCAUCAAAACCACCAGAACCAUCAGACCCAAAUGAACCAGUUUGAGGAGAACAUUCAAAAUAUGGACCAACAAACUCCAUUCGAUCCUCCUUUUACACCUGCCAACAACAACCAAACAAACUUUCCAGUAGACCCUAGAGACCAUCAGGAGCAACCACUAGACCAUACAGCUUCUUCUGGCUCGGAGUCCUCCACACCGUUCCACUAUGAUCAGAAGCUUUUCAUACCAUCCCCAGCCGCCUCGGUAUCCAGUUACUCCUAUUCUAGCGACCUGUCUGUUAAGGAAGAGGAAGAUCCUAGGAUUCCACUGAAAGAUCGAGGACGAGUCUACCAUCCACAAAGUACUGAGAAGCCGAAGAAGGUGCCAAGUAAGCGGCGGGAUAAGGCAACGCUGGAUAGGUUAAGGGUACACAAGUGUCUAUAUACAGGCUGCGGCAAAAUCUACACCAAAAGCUCGCACCUGACAGCUCAUGAGCGUGUUCACAGCGGAGAAAAACCAUACCCUUGCGAAUGGCCUGGAUGCUCUUGGAGAUUCGCUCGAUCCGAUGAACUCACGCGUCAUUAUCGAAAGCACACUGGAGCGAAACCGUUUGCUUGUAAGGAGUGCUCCAGAAAGUUCUCGAGAAGUGACCACUUGCAACUACACAUGAAGCGACACGAACCGGAUGGAAUGAUGAUGAUCCAGGAGGAGGAUUUUAAGGAUUUCAAGAAUUUUAUUGAUUUUGUGUAG